AUGGCAAAGCAGGAUUUCGAAGUCAUCGACUACUUUGGACCUGUUGUCGUAGCUGCAAUUUUUGGUGUCACACUAUUUCUGAUUUCAUUCUUCAUCAUUAACUUCUUCUGCAUCAGCAAAUACGAUGACUUUACGCAUCUUUUCGAUUAA